AUGGUGCAGCAGUUCACGGUUGAUAUUGAGAGGUCAAUCGAAGGUUCCUCUGCAAAACUCGUAUCAACAAAUGAGCUAAGUGGGGGAGCUCGCAUUAACCGGCUUUUUCAUGAGCGAUUUCCUUUCGAAAUUGUCAAGAUGGAGAUUGACGAGAAGGAAAUGCGUAAAGAGAUACAAUUUGCCAUUCGAAACAUUCACGGAAUCAGGGUCGGUCUUUUCACACCGGACAUGGCAUUUGAGGCGAUAGCAAAGAAACAGAUUGCACGCUUGAAAGAGCCCUCGUUGAAAUGUGUGGACCUGGUCGUAAAUGAACUUGCCAACGUUAUAAGACAAUGCGCAGAAUGUCUAUCACGUUAUCCGCGCUUACGUGACGAAAUCGAACGAAUCGUUGUCACUAGGGUUCGAGAAAAGGAACAAUAUGCCAAAAGUCAAAUCUCACUUAUUGUUGAUUAUGAACUUGCCUACAUGAACACUAAUCAUGAAGACUUUAUCGGGUUUAGCAACGCUGAAGCGAAAGCAAAUCAGGGACAAACAUCGUCCAAGAAAAAUCUUGGGGUGCAAGUGAUUCGAAAAGGAUGGCUGUCCAUCAACAAUAUUUCCUUCAUUAAAGGCUCGAAAGAUUGCUGGUUUGUGCUGAUGUCAGAUAGUUUGAGCUGGUUCAAGGACGACGAGGAGAAGGAAAAGAAGUACAUGCUGCCGCUUGACGGUAUCAAAUUGCGUGAUAUUGAAAGCGGGUUCAUGUCUCGCCAACACAAGUUCGCACUCUUCUACCCGGACGGAAAGUGA